AUGGAUUUUGAAGACAAGGUGUUAUCGCUUUCGGAGUUAUCGCCAGACAACAAAAUUAGCACCAGAAGGCCGAACAAGCUUCAAUAUUCUCGUUUUAUACUGAUGUUGAGAAAAUUGGAUAUUGAGUUAGAAAAGUUCCGAAUUGAAUUAGAGGCUGAUAAUUCAGGAAUAACAGAACAAAUAGAAAAAAAAUGCACUGGGUAA